AUGUCGCCAAGUGACUUAAAUUUGAUCAUAGUUAACCUCGUCUUCUUUGUUUACAAAGUUGGAGAAUCCAUGUUAGACACGACAACUAAACCGUAUCUAGUCAGUGCAGUAUGCUACGAUACUUAUUUGUAUAAGCAAACAGAAAACAUGACGUGCAAGGAUCUUGAGAAAAACCCGGCACUUGAAGAUCACAUGCAAAGCCUUUCUGGAAAUUAUUUGAUUUACUAUAGAUUGCUUUUAAAUAUUCCCGCCAUUCCUUUAGCUCUUCUCUGUGGAUCUUACAGUGACCGAUAUGGAAGAAAAAUACCUAUCUUCCUUCCAAGUGUAGGCAGUGUUUUUGCAGUCAUGUUGUACAUCUUGAGCGAUCUGGUGCCCCUGUACCGGAUUCCUCUGAUAUUUUGCGGCAUCGCACUUCAAGGGCUUUUCGGGAAGAGCUCUGUUAUAACAAUGGCUGUAAAUAGCAUGGUUUGUGAUAUUUCACUAUCUGGGAAUCGAACAAGGAUCCUCGGUAUUCUUUUAGCUAUGAAUUUCCUUGGUGUUUGCGUAGGAUCUUUGCUCUCUGGAUUAAUACAAAGCUUAUUUGAUCUCAGUGUUACAUUUUUUUGUGUCACAAUUCUUCAUGGAAUGUCCAUUUUGUUUACCAUCUUUCUGAUCGACGAAACAGUAGGGCAUAGCAAAGAGCAGAAAUCAAAGAUAACGAAAUGUGAAGUGUGUGAAAUCUUUCGGCCAUCGAAUUUUAAAGAUGCAAUAACUGUUGUAACAAGACCCCGGUUUUUAAAUGACAGAAAAAUAAUCAUUGUACUUCUUGUUAUUUCGUUGGUUACUCAAAUCUGCAGGACUGGGGAGAGCGACAUCAAUCUUCUUUUCAUAACUAGGCGACCGCUCAGUUGGCCAAAACCUUGGUAUGGAUACCUUUUGUCUUUAGAGUACGCUGUUAAGGGGGUGUGUCUAUUUCUUUUUCUCCCGCUUUUCUCCAAUCAGUUGAUGCUUUCUGACGUCACAAUUGUCAUGCUGGGAAUUAUAUGUAAAUUAGUUCGUUUGGUGUGGGCGGGCUUCUGCAACACUACCUGGAUGGUGUUUGUUUCGGUUGCCAUAGGAGCAAUGGCUGGAAUGACAACUUCCGCUCUGCGUUCAUUGGCCAGUAAAGCUGUUGACGGAGAUGAAGCGGGGAAAAUGUUUGCCAUACUAACCGCCGCCGAAACUUCGUCUAAAUUUCUAGGAUCCCUAAUAUUCUUGAACAUAUAUGGUGUCACUGCACAUUUUUUUCCUGGGAUAGCUUUUUUAAUUGAAGCCUUUGUAUAUUUAUGUCUGCUAUUGGUUUUAAUCGUUAUGUUCAGACCACUGAAAAAGCUACAAUCAAGUGUAUUAAGGCAUAUUUCUCACUCGGACUACUUCUCUAAGUGA